CGUUGGGUCGAGUUAGACGUGAGGCAGAGUGCUGCGCUCGGUGCUCCGACACCCUCCUUCCGCUGGCUAAGCCGCGACUCCCCGGUUUACGCUCCUGGGAAUUCUCGAGAGAUGUGAAUGGAUUUAUCGUCAAUCGCCGAGGAGUGAUAAGGACUGUCUGCGAGAUUCUUCUUGCGAGAAACCUUCGCAAAUAUUCUGGAAGUUUUUGGGUUUGGUUUUUGUUAUUUCAAUAAAGCGGUGAUUUGGUAAAAUGUAGAAAAAAAUUGGUACAAAGAUAAUAGAAAAAACAACAUCAAAAAAGUGUUUGGAAAGGAAAACAACAGUUUGGCAUAAUAUAUCCUAGUGCUAUUUUGACCAACAAACGCAAUUAGAACGUGCUAGAUGAUAUUUGAAACGAAUAACAGCGAAGUAGCCACUACAAUGUAGGCAAGUGAACAGGCCGGUGUAGUGAGAUAUAUCCACUUCUCUCCAGAAACCUCCGCAACCACAGACUUCCCCUAAACCCCACUUAGUGCAUGAAGCAGUGAAACCACACCGUGUCACCACUUACCUACGUGACACAUCCAACCCCACCAAGAUGUUGACCAGGUCACCCCCACGACCUCUGGGUUUGGUGACCCUACUUGGCCUCGCUCUGCUGACCUGGCCGGCCCAGCAUGUCCACGCUAAAGCUCUCUCGUUCGACUCGAAGAAAUUGGAGUCCUCGUCGCAGCUGUGGUGGAACCCGAGGGAGGUGCUGUCGCCGAGCUACGAGGACACGCCCCAGAACGUCACUGCCCUCGUCGGCGACUCCGCUUUCCUGCCGUGCACCGUGUCGCAUCUCGGAGACAGAUCCGUGACGUGGAUGCGGCAGCGGGACCUCCACAUCCUGACGGCGGGGGUCUACACCUACUCUGCAGACGAGCGAUUCAGGGUCCUCCACCCCGAGAACUCCGACGACUGGACGCUCCACAUCAAGUACACGACCUUCAGGGACAGCGGCGUGUACGAGUGCCAGGUGAACUCUGACCCCAAGAUAAGCCGCGCGGUCACACUCACUGUCAAAGAGAAUCAGCUGGACGAUCCUGGAACUUUUGGGAUUCCAACAACAGAUAAUAUGCCCCUGGCGACGAUCGAGGGCCCGACGGAGCGACACAUCCAGCAGGGCAGCAUCCUGGCCAUCACCUGCAUCGUGCACCACAUGCCCCACUCGGCGCCCGCCCACAUCCUCUGGUUCCACGGCCCGCAGAACAUCGACUACGACUCCCCCAGGGGCGGCGUCUCCAUCCAGACGGAGAAGGCGGCCCGCAAGACAGUGAGCAAACUCAUGUUGUCGACGGUGACCUUGGAUGACACCGGCGAGUACAGCUGCGCCCCGUCUGACCUGCAGCCAGCUGUGGUCAACGUCCACGUGCAGACUGGUGAGGAGACUGUGGGCCAGAUCCAGCAGCCGGUGAAGCAGGGGCCGGGCCUGAGUGGAGCAGCCGUCACCGCCUCCGUCAGCAGCGCUCUCCUGGCCAUGCUCUUGGUCGCCCUCGCCUGCGUCAAGUGCCGGGUGUUUGCCUGAUUCACGUCCUCCUUUAGACACUUUCUUUCGGCCGUCAUGAAGAGAGGGAGAUGAUAAAUCAGCGGAGAAAAGGAGGAGAGGAAGAGGAUGACUAGAGGGUGAUGAGAUGGAUGGACUCGGAAAGGGCGUGGCGGCGUGGGUGACGAAGGGAGGAAAAUGAAGGAAGGAAAAAUGAGAAAGGAAAAGGAAAGAGAAGUGGAGGAAGGACGGCUAGGGCUGACGGCGAACAGGGAAGUGGGAUGAGACGAUAAUGAUGAUGGUGAAUGACGCGGAGUGACGAGACAGGAGAGGAGGAAGAAGAUUGUGAAUGAUAGACGAAAAGGAAUAAGUCAAAAGAAAAGAAAAAAACGACGAAGAGAAAGGAAUCUUUGGAUGCUCAGGGUCUAUUUUUUCAUUCAUUUUUUUCUAGCUGUGAAGAAAGUAUAGUAGCUUUUUUGCGAAGAAAAAAUACAGUACUUUAGAAAUCGGAAGAGGAUGCUUCUCUUAAACGAUACCUUUUUUCUUUGUUUUUGGACUCCAGCAUUGUUCUUUCUUUCGAAGUGCGUGGAUGAAAGUCGUCCCAAAAAUAGCAAAGGAAAUUCCUAGCCUGCAACACGACCUUGAAACAGGUUGCCAGCGAGUGAAUAUCGGGGGCGUCCAGAUGUCGAAAACUGCGGAGUUUUUGUUUCAUCUUAAAAUCGCAACAAAUGUUGGUUUGUUUUUAUUAAGAUGAUAGGGACUUUUACAUUGUAAGACACUAAUGUAAUGGCAUUUCAGUGGAAUUUUAUAAAAUAUAUAUAUUUCUAUAUGUAUAUGAAUCUGUAAAUAAUUACAUUUAUGUAUAC